AUGGAAUACAUAGCACAACAUCGUAACUCCGAAGCAUCUAAUCCAGAGAUUCAAAUUGCCUCCGGAGACACGCAGCCUACCAUAAUAAUCGAUGAAUCGGAGAGUACAGGUGCUUCUGGAAAUGAAAUUAGGUUGAAAAUUGAUGAAUUUUACCUUCAAGAAAAGAAUCCGAGCUUUACCAGUUCAAAUAAUGACAAUAAUAGUGUGAGCCUUGCAUGGCGAAACUUGUCGUAUACAGUGAUGAAUUCAAAGACGAAACAAAAAACGAAUAUCGUUCAGGAUGUUAGCGGAGUUGUUAAACCAGGCGAAGUGAUGGCUAUAAUGGGACCUUCAGGAUCCGGUAAAUCCACUCUACUCGAUUUAUUAGCAGGUCGUAAAGAGCCUAAAUUAACAUCAGGAGAAAUAUAUUUAAACGGAAGACCUGGACAAGUGAAAUACGUUUCGACAUACGUUAUGCAAGAAGAUGCUUUGAUGGGUGUAUUGACUGUACGUGAAAAUAUUCAAUUCGCCGCCGAUUUAUGUUUUCCUUCUUCGUAUUCUGCUAAAGAACGAAAAGCACGUGUUCGAGCUAUUAUAACCGAGUUCGGACUAGAUCGAGUUGCCGAUUCGAAAAUUGGAACGGUUUUUGUACGAGGAGUAUCAGGUGGUGAAAAACGUAGAGCAUCCAUUGCUACCCAAGUUCUUACCUUACCAAAAAUUAUUUUUCUUGAUGAACCGACAAGUGGUCUCGAUUCCGCUGCGUCAUAUAACGUGAUGAAAGCGAUUGUCCAAAUGGCACGGAAUUAUAAGCUUACCGUGAUUGCCAGUAUUCAUCAACCAUCCACCGAAACUUAUUCAUUAUUCGAUAAACUAUGCAUUCUUGGUCGUGGACGAACACUUUACAUGGGUAAACGCGAAAAAGCAAUAGCUUAUUUCCAAGAGUUAGGUCACGUCGUACCUCCAUACUCGAAUCCAGCAGAUCAUUUUCUAUACUUGAUUAAUUCGGACUUUAUGACAGAUAAGACUCGAGCGGAAGAAUAUAUCACCAAUUUCAUCGUCUCAUUUGAAAAGUCAGAUGCCAACAAACUACUACAGGAAGAGAUUAAAUCAUUGAUUGAACGACAUAAAGAAGAUACGGAUACUCGAAUUAUAUCCUCAAGUACAACCACCAGAUAUCAACUUAGUUUCUUUAAACAAACUUCAAUUUUACUGAAGCGUUCUUUUAUUAAUUCUAUGAGAAACAUUUUGGUGUUUUGGGUGCGCGUGAUACUGUAUGUUGCACUUGGACUACUAAUAGGAACAACAUAUUGGAGAAUCGGGUAUGAUCAAAUAAACAUCAUGGAACGUUUUUCUGGGGAAUAUUUUUCGGUCGCGUUUUUAUCAUUUAUGAGUAUCGCUGGUAUUCCAGGGUUUUUGGAAGAGCGACUAGUGUUUCAGCGAGAACGAGGAAAUGGAUUCUACUCUGUUGGUCCAUUUGUAUUAGCGAAUACAAUCAUAUCAUUCCCCUUCAUAUUUAUUAUCUCUCUUUCAUUUACGGCUGUAAUUUAUCCGACUGUCGGUUUACACAACGGUGGAAAACACGUUAUACUAUUUGUCGUAUACUUAUUUCUUUGUUUGAAUGUUGCCGAAGGAAUGGUCGUCUUUAUCGCCUCCUUGGUUCCGAUAUUCAUUGCCUCGCUUGCAUUAACUGCUUUCGCUAACGGGUUUUGGAUGGUUUUCGGCGGCUACCUCGUUCGACCUCAUAGUAUUGCCAAAGGAUGGAAAUGGGCACAUUAUAUCGAUUACCAGAAAUACGCGUUCGAGGCAAUCCUUUCUAACGAUCUGAAAGGACUAGAUUUCAAUUGUGAGAGGUUAACUGACCCUUCACCGGAUCGGAUGUAUAAUUGUUAUUACGGGGAUAAGUCUGGGAGGUCAGCGACUUUUCCUGGUGAAGCUGUGUUGGAGGAGCUUGGGUAUACGAACAUUAGACCUGCUUUGUGGGCGGUUAUUCUUAUUGCAAUGACUUUUGUUUUUAGAUUAGCAUUUUUUGCAGUUUUACGAUUUAAAAAAAAUCAUAAUUAA